CCGAGGUCAUUAUGCCAUCCCAUUCGGAGGUGGUCAGUCGUCAGUAUUGUUAAUUUCAUAUUUUGUAGGUACAUGCAACAACUAUGUACGUAGUACUAAACAGGACUUAGUGGAUAUUAUUUCAGUGUAAAUAAAAGCAAUAGUUAUAAUAUAAAAUAGUACAAAUAGUAAGCAAUAGUGAUCACGGAUAUAUUCUUACCUUGAACUCACGUAUUUGUUUGUGGUUUUCCUUGUGUCUUCAAGAUGAUUCCAAGAUUUUGUUUUGUGCUUUUUGUCGUCCCCUAUAUAUCCUGCUCAGCAGUCCCCAACAUCGACCAGCAGCUUCUCCAAGACGUCUUCGGCCCAGCAGCGGCGGCGUCCACUCUGAGGCAAGUGGCUGCCGUCAAGCCCAUCAACGACACACUGGUCGACUUGGACUAUUGGGACAACCCUGACAACGACCAAUAUACGCCAGCGGCGGCUGAUUAUGAUAAAUUCGACUGGACUCUAACUAAGCGCGUAGCGGCAUCUUCAGACAAGAACUUCCUUUUAUCUCCCCUGGGCUUGAAGCUGUCCCUGGCCAUCCUGACUGAAGCAGCUACCAGCCUGACCCAGUCAGAAUUGGUCUCCGCCUUGGGCUUCGACCCUGACAGGAAGGUCGUGAGGACCAAGUUUGCUAACAUCGUCGAGUCUUUACAGAAAAAAUCCACACACUACAUCUUGAAUCUGGGCAGCCGGAUCUACAUCGACAAAUCGGCGAUUCCCCGGCAAAAGUUCGCCGGCAUCGCCCAGGAGUUCUACAAGACUGAACUGACCAAGGUCAAUUUUACCGAGCCAGCUGUGGCUGCAAGGGAUAUUAACAGCUGGGUGGCUGGGAUUACUGAAGGAAGGAUCGCUAGUCUCGUCGAUGAAGAUGACGUCGCCGGCGCAGUAGUGCUGAUCCUCAACACAAUAUUCUUUAAAGGAAGCUGGAGGCAUCAAUUCGCUCCCAAUGCAACUAAAAAUGGGGUCUUCUACUUGAGCCCCAGAGAGCAGAAGCCAUUGCCCAUGAUGAAUGUGAAGGACAAAUUCUACUAUGCUGAGUCUGCCAAAUAUGAUGCCAAAAUCCUGAGAAUGCCGUAUUUGGGCAUGAAGUUUGCGAUGUACAUAAUAGUGCCAAACUCCGUAACGGGUCUGCCCCGCGUAUUGAACGACCUGAAUGACUUGAGACCAGAGCUGAACUAUCUUCAGGAGAGAACUGUGGAGGUUACACUACCGAAGUUCACGUUCGAAUACACGGCCAUACUCGACGGGGUUUUGAAAGAGCUGGGAGUGAGGCAAGCUUUUGAAGACACGGCAUCGUUCCCUGGAAUCUCUCGAGGGCAGCUCCUCAGCCAGCGACUGAAGGUGUCCAAGGUCUUGCAGCGAUCGGGCAUCGAGGUCAAUGAACUUGGCAGCAUUGCCUAUUCUGCCACAGAAAUAUCUCUGGUAAAUAAGUUCGGCGAAGACGAAGAAAUCAACGAGGUUGUCCUAGCCAACAAGCCAUUCUUAUUCUUCAUUCAAGACGAAGCCACAAGACAACUACUCUUUACAGGCAGAGUGUCUGAUCCAGCCGCGGUUGUGGGAUCCUUCCAUUUCCUAACCCUAACUUCCCUACAAUGCCUCGACUGCCUCAGCGAUGCCAAGUCAGAAUACUCCAGAUUAAACUUCUUCGACAUCGACCUCCUUCGAUACUCCGCGGAAGACCAGACAGGCAACAUCAUGGUCUCGCCAGCCAGCGUCAAGUCCAUACUAGCAGUGAUUUUGGAAGGGGCUAGGGGUGUCACGGAGGCUGAGAUACGGAGUGCGUUGAGAUUGACCCCGAAUAAGGAUGAUUUUAGACAACAGCUUAAUUUGUAUUUGAGUGCGAUGAGGGUAAAUUCGACAGGCGUGUCACUACACAAUGCAAACGCCGUGUUUGUAUCGUCCAGGUACAGUGUAAAGAGUGAUUAUGAAGCCAUGUUGAAGAGGUCUUACUUGACCGAGGUGACCAGGAUAAACUUCGCAGAUCCCACAACAACUGCCAACACUGUAAAUAAAUGGGUGGACAAUAAAACUAAAGGACUAAUACCCGUUAUUGUUGAGCCAGCAAGCAUCAAUCCUUCAUCUCAAAUGUUGCUAGCGAAUGCCAUCUUCUUCAAAGGGCUGUGGCGUCAGGGCUUCAAUCCUUCACUGACGAGGGGCAUGUGUUUCUACAACAACGAUGUCUGUAAAACCGUAGCCAUGAUGGAUUUGAACACUGAGCUUAAUUACGCAUACGUGGACAAUCUUAGGGCUCACGCUGUGGAGCUACCUUAUGUGGGAGAUCGCUACUCCAUGAUCCUUCUAGUACCUCAAGAUCGCGACGGCUGCGUGGCCCUCCUGCGGGACUUGCCCUAUAUGAGUCUCCCUGCGAUCACCAAGCUGCUGGACCCUACUGACGUGCAGCUGUUCAUGCCCAAGUUUACUGUCGACUAUGUGGAGGACCUGGUGCUACCGCUGAAGAGUAUGCGAGUCCGCUCCCUCUUCUCCUCAUCAUCAAAUCUCACUGGCAUCUUCAAUGGAGAAUCUCCUCAAAUCAACAGCAUCUUCCACAAGGCGUUCAUGUCAGUGGACGAAGUAGGCACAGUCGCUGCAGCCGCCUCUUCAGCAAUGAUUGUCCCAUUGAUCUCUAGCGGAGUACAACUGAGGGUGGAUAGACCUUUCAUUUUCUUCAUCAGGGACAAUGAGCUGGGUUUGGUGCUUUUUGAAGGGAAGAUUGAUGAUCCUAUGCCUUACGAAGUGCCUAUUCUCUCCAAUAAUGUUGCUAAAUAUCCGCAGCCACAAACGCCUUUCGUUGACCAAACACAGGCGCCCGCCACAGUUACACCAAACGCACCAAUCGUUAAAGUCAAAAAACGAUUUGGAUUUUUCUGAUAACUGUGUUAAAAAUACUCUUAAACUAUUAAGACUAGUUGUAUGACAAAAUAUUAUGUAAAUAUAAUAGGUAUUCUAAAUAAAAUACGAUUUGGAUGUAACUGA